UGAGCCGGCCGCUUGCGAGAAGGCGGCGCCGCUGCCCUUGCAGCUGGACAGCACUCCGCUUUGGCCCGGGCCUCAGCUCGCCGCCCGCCCAGACGCCUAUCCACCGCAGGGCAGCGCCGGCCCGGGAGCUGCAGGAGCGCCGGAUGUCUGCUCGGUCCCCGCCGCCGUCCAGACGCCACAGGGGCGCGCAGCUGCCCGCCGACGUGUCGAGUAAGUGAACACCUGGGAGAUAAACAUUACAUGUGAAGAUUGGUGAAAGGGAACAUUGAUUUCUGAAGUAGGCUGGAGAGGAAAAGCACUGCUCAAUAUCAAGUGGACAAAUGCUUGGUGUUUUCCAAAGAUGCUGUUGAAGUAGUCUUUGCUACUGCUUUCCUUCACUCAGUCAAAGCUCUUCAUAACAUGGGCUGCAUGAAAUCAAAGCAAACUUUCCCAUUUCCCACCACACUCGAGAGUGAGAAGAGGCAUGAGAGUGAAGAAAACUUUAUGCCUGAAGAGAGAUUUCUACUCAGGAUGCCUUCUCUAGUUAACAUCAAAGAGGAAGUGAAGGAACCCCUCGGGCCUGAAAUUGUGGUCUUUGAAUUUGCACACCGCCUGUCCCAGGAAAUCUUGAGUGAUGCCUUGCAGCAGUGGGCUGGCAACCACCUCAAGUACUAUGACAUCCCAUAUAUUGAGAGUGAGGGGCCUUGACACUGUGUGUAGGAUGAUGACACUUUCUCAAACUGUGGAUAAAGUUGGUGCUAGUUUAAAUACAUGAAACAACAGCAAAAA